CACACACACACAUAUAUACCCGAUCCCAACCGCCUCUUUCUUCGCAACCAUGUCCAACUACAACAACAACGACGACAGCUAUGGCAGCUCCGGCCGUCAAACCGGCUCAUACGGUGACGACAACAGCAACACCGACAGCUACGGCUCCUCCGGCCGCACCAACAACAACAACUCCUCCUCAUACGGCAACACCAGCUCCGGCAUCAAGCGCAACAACGACGACGACUCCUACGGCAGCUCCGGCCGCACCACCGGCGGUCUCGGAGGAAACUCCUCCUCUGGUCUCGGCCGUGACAACAACGAUGACUCCUACGGCAGCUCUGGCCGUACUGGCUUGAACUCCUCUUCCGAUGAUACCUACGGCAGCUCUGGCCGCACUGGCUUGAACUCUUCCUCCGACGAUACAUAUGGCAGCUCCGGCCGCACUGGCUUGAACUCUUCCUCCGACGACACCUACGGUAGCUCUGGUCGCGGCAGCGGCAACACCACUUCGGGUCUUGGCCGCAACACCGAUGAUGACUCCUAUGGCAGCUCUGGCCGCACCGGUCUGAACUCCUCUUCCGACGACACCUACGCCAGUGGAAACCCCAUCGGCGGUCUCAGCAGCCGCACUGGAAACACCGACAGCUACGGCUCGUCCAACACCAACACCUACGGCUCAUCCAACACCGACAGCUAUGGUGACUCGAACACCACCAGCAGCUACAACAAGACCGGCAGCUCCGGCCUCGACAGCAGCGACACCUACGGUAGCUCCAACACCACCACCGGCUAUGGCGGCAGCAGCAACACCGACAGCUACGGCAGCUCCAACAACAACAACAGCAGCACCUACGGCAGCUCCAACAACAACUCCAACAACAAGAACGACUCCACCGUCGGCAAGCUCAUGGAAAAAGCCGGCGGCCUCCUCAACAACGAGAAGAUUGCCCAGAAGGGCCACGCCAAGCGCGAAGAGGCAGGUCUCGGUCAGGACGGCAGCAGCAACACCUACGGCGGCAGCAGCAACACCUAUGGCAGCAGCAACACCAACAACAACAACGACUACUAGAUCGUUUUUGCCUUGGAUUAUGAUACCGACGUUUUAAUGACGAUGGGAAAAGAAAAGAGAAAGGAAAGAGGGGGACAUGGAAUCGGCCGGAUGGAGUGAUGGCACGGACGGAUUUUGUAUUAUUGAGGGAAAAGUGAGACCUAAAAAAAAGGAUACCCAG